GGCUAACCUGGACUGGGUUUCUGAGGCUGGGCCGGUUCAGUUCCUGCCCUCGCAGCUCGGAGAACCACUCUCUGUUCACUCCUUCACUGCAGCUUCAGACCGUGGAACAUGCAGAACCAGUACGCGUCUGUGCGUCCCUCCGAGGACGUCCAGGUGAAGAUGGACGCCGGACCCAACCCCAAGAAGCACCGCUACGUCCGGAAAGAGGGACACUGCGACGUGGUCUUCCGGCACGUCCCCGAGAGCUGGCUGCUGUUCGUGACCGACAUCUUCACCACGCUGGUGGAGAUCCGCUGGAGGGUGAUGUUCCUGAUCUUCGCCCUGUCCUACAUCCUGUCCUGGUUCUUCUUCGGCGUUCUGUUCUGGGUCAUCGCCCUGGCUCACGGGGACGUCAACGGGGACGUGGACGACGAGGACGUCUGCGUGUACGAGGUGCGCAGCUUCACCGCCGCCUUCCUCUUCUCCCUGGAGACGCAGACCACCAUCGGCUACGGCCUGCGGGGGAUGUCGGAGAACUGCAUGGUGGCCAUCGUCGUCGUCACCGUCCAGGACGUGGUCAGCUGCUUCAUCGACACCUUCGUCAUCGGCAUCGUCGUCGCCAAAAUGGCCUCGGCCAGAAAGCGGGCGCAGACGGUGGGCUUCAGCAGCCGCGCCGUGGUCAACCUGCGGGACGGCUUCCUGUGCCUGUCCUGGAGGGUGGGGGACUUCCGCCGCAACCACCUGGUGGAGGGGACGGCCCGCGCCCAGCUGGUGCGCUCCACCGUGCACGCCACGGGACGGGUGGACGUGACCUACGAAGACCUGCGGAUCCAGCAGAGCGACAUCGUCCUGGUCACCCCCACCACCGUCCUCCACAGGAUGGACGCCGGCAGCCCGCUGCACCGCAUGAGCCUGGCGGACCUGCGGCGGGCCGACUUCGAGCUGGUGGUGUCCUUCACCUACACGGACGACACCACCGGCAUGCUGCACCAGACCCGCACCUCCUACACCCCCAACGAGAUCCUGUGGGGCCAGCUGUUCCAGGAGAUGAUCCGGGUCAGCCGCAGGCACUACCGCGUGGACUACACCCUGUUCCACCACACCGCCAAGGUGCUGGCGCCCGAGGUCAGCGCCCAAGAGUUCCAGCUCCAGAGGAGGCCGUCGCCGCGACCAUCUCCGCGACCGUCUCCGCGGACGCCGCGGCAAAACCGCCGCCGAGAUGUCCCAGGGCCGCCGGCGGUGUCCCUGGAGCCGCCGGCGGACCAGAUCGAGACCACCGGGUCAACGUCCCAGGAGGACGAACCUCGCAAAGACACUCUGGCUCUGCCGAGGGACAACACCGGACCAGAGAUGUAGAAGCAGAGAGCGGUUCCACCUAAAUCACCGACACCAUCCCUGACCCCAUCCCUGACCCCAUCACUGACCCCAUCACUGACCCCAUCACUGACCCCAUCACUGACAUCAUCACUGACAUCAUCACUGACAUCAUCACCGACAUCAUC